AUUUAUAGAUAGUCAUUGUUACCAACCAGUGGUCAACAUCAUUUCAAGACUCACAUGUCUUUGGCAAGCCUCGGACUAAAGGAUUUAUUUAUAUAAAUGAUUGCCGUUAUAAAGAAAAAUACACAUGUGUGCUAGCAAGUGAAAAGUUCUGCACCGAUUACAGUAUAAUUUUUGUAUUUCACUUCACACGUGUGUGUGUGUGAUUACACAAUUGUACAUAAACCAUAUCAAUAAAAUAUCUUACCUGUUGAAAAAUAAAAAAAAUCCAUCCCUGGGUCGCUUUUAAAUCCUUUCAGAUCUCUGAGUUGUCGUCAUCUCUGAAUAGCCAAGCCAAAAAAAAAGAUACAUAGUGUAGCUUUAAGGAAACUGGUCUCCGAAGAGUUUGAAAAGCACCUUAUUUUCAUUGUACCUUCGUAUACAGCCCCGUAGGCAGCAUUUUCCUGGUUUCAGACGCAGCCUUGAAGAUGCACUCAAGCGCUCAUGCGGAUUCCAGCGCGAGCAACAAUCUCCUGACAGUUUAAACGACCUGGAUCGCCUACUUGGACUGACACGGACUGACCGUCAUGAUUUGUGAAUAAAAGUAACUUUUGAUCCUGAUCCCAAAGUUUUUGAUUCUGGCUGAUAGAAUACACGCUUCAGACUAAGAUAUUAGAUGAGCGCUCGACGGGAAGAAAACGUGAGGUUCGUGAAUGACAUCUUUUUAAACGAGAUAUCUGCAUAUUUGCAGAUGGUAUAUAAUAGAAGUUUUAUUGAUAUUUGCCUUUUAUCAUUAGAAAAGUUACAGGGAACCGUUGAGGAGAGACUGUUAGAAUACGUGCUUCAGAGGAAGAUUUAUGAUCGUUCCACAGGACGCUGGAUCUGCUGAAGUUGUGUGAGGACUUGCAGCAGGUCAUGGUGUCCGGGCCCAACCUAAAUGAAACCAACAUUGUAUCAGGUGGUUAUGGAGGCACAACAGAAGGCAUGAUUUCAACCAGCUCCAUCAAAGGAUCCAACAUGCAUCACACCAGUAGCAGUUCCUCCAUGACAGCAGAUGAGGCAUCAAGAGGUGUUGCUGUGGAAAAGUUUGACAUAGUGAAGAAGUGGGGUCUGAACACUUACAAGUGUACCAAACAGAUGAUCUCUGAGAGGUUUGGCCGUGGCUCACGUACUGUGGACUUGGAGUUGGAGGCUCAGAUCGAGGUUCUACGGGAAACCAAACGGAAGUAUGAGAAUGUGCUGCAUUUAGCACGAGCGCUAACCAGCCACUUUUACAGCAUGGUGCAGACGCAGAACGCCCUCGGGGACACUUUUGCCGACCUCAGUCAGAAGUCUCCAGAGCUUCGGGAUGAGUUUGGCUACAAUGCAGAAACACAGAAGCUGUUGUGCAAGAAUGGAGAGACUCUGCUGGGUGCCAUCAACUUCUUUGUGUCCAGCAUCAACACACUGGUGAACAAGACAAUGGAAGACACGCUGAUGACCAUCAAGAUGUAUGAGAAUGCCAGGCUAGAGUUUGAUGCGUACAGGGCAGAUCUGGAGGAGUUGAACUUGGGCCCGCGGGAUGCUGUUACUAUCACUCGUAUUGAGGCUGCUCAACAGCAGUACCAAAUCCACAAGGACAAAUAUGAACGUCUCCGUAGUGACGUCACCAUCAAGCUCAAGUUCCUGGAAGAAAAUAAGGUCAAAGUGAUGCACAAACAACUUCUGCUGUUCCAUAAUGCCAUCUCAGCCUACUUUGCUGGAAACCAGCAGCAGCUGGAACAGACCCUCAAGCAGUUCAACAUUAAACUCAAACCACCAGGAGCUGACAAGCCUUCUUGGCUGGAGGAGCAGUGAAAGUGCCCACCCCUGAUAUCCAGUUAUUUGUCUUUAGUCACACAGAGCAACCAGAGAUCUGAGAUGCUAGCAGAGACAGAGACUCUUUUUCAAUAACUCUCUCUAGCUUUCCCUUAACCCAUACUUCUCUUCUUUGAUUUUCCUCUUAUUUUUGCACCAAGACUGUUUUCAAGUGUCGCCUCUGGUGUGUAACCAGUCCCAAAAUCUUCAUCCCUAUAAACAUCAUUAAACCAACUGAAACAAUCCUGUCUGAUAUGUGAGUCAGAACAGAUGUUUUUUUUUCUAGACUAUUCUCUCUGUCAGUCUUUCACACACACUCUCUCUGUGAUCACAUUAUUGAGGAUCUUUUUUCCUGUGUUUCCCCAUGAAAAUGGUUUUAUUUUACUAUUAUCUUUUUUUUUUCUUUCUUUUUUUGUAUUGUAUUGUAGAUGAAGAGGGUGGAAAAACAAGCAUUCCAAUCACAGAGCUCUUAGUAUUCAACAUUGGUGGUUCUGUUUAUCUGAUAUUGAAGAUGUUGGUAUUGCAUCUUUAAACCUUAACCAGGCCAUCAGUGUACUGUUGUUUCAUGAGUCUCUCAUUUUAUGUUUUUAACAUCAAAUUAAUAAUGCUGGAAUGGACUGAUGCUGUGGUCAUGAAAUUCACCAGGCAUGAAUGCAUGGUUGUCUGUGGAAAUUCCCAGACAUCAUUGUCUCUAGCCCCAAAUCACUGUCUCUAGUCCUUAUUCAGUCGGUUUUCAGGAGUUUGCAUAUCAGCCUUGAACACAUAAAACAUUAUGAUUGUUUUCUCUAAUGGAGAAGAGUGUAAUUGUGUUAUUUUGACAGUUGUUGUUAUUUCCUGUAGUAUUAUGUACUAACACAUAUAGCUGUAGGAUGUUCAGUUUUGUAUAACUAUUUGGAGUUAAUAAUCAGAUAUUGGUCAAGGAUUGUGGAUGUAUAAGUUCUGUUUUUGAUUGUUUAGCUGAACACUGGCCAGUGAUUAAGGCCCAGCAUUAUCUGCCUCUUUAUCUACCAAAGCAUGCACUAGAAGUUAUGUACUGACUUGCUUUGUUAUCAGCAGUGCCCUAAUUACCUUCCGUUCUCCAUUCAAAAGCCACUUCUGCCCUGUGUAGUACUGUGCAUCCGGUUUUUAUCCCCUCUAUCUGUCUUUGUAGAAAAAAACGUUAUUUUUUUCCACAAUUAAAUAUGCUGAAAAGGUAGUACAAUAUCAGUGAGAGAAGGAAGUGAUCAAAUAUUAAAUAUAUGUAUAUUCAGAUUGAUAUAAUUGAGUCUUACUGAGUAUAUAACAUAAAACUUCCCUCACAUAAAAUGUCAAAUAUCUAUAUUCACUGCGGUAACCUUUUCCCAAAUUAUUUUACAUUUUUAUUUUUAAAGUGGGCUCCAAAUACACAUGGACAUUUGUUGCUUUUGCUCUAAAUACAGACUUGAAAUGAUACAGUGAAUUUGGGGUUAAAGUGCAGACUGUCAGACUCACCACGUCGGUCUUGAUAAGAAAAUAAAUAUCUUAAUCACAUUUUGUUGGUCCAAAAUAAUGACUAUGAUCUAAUGUUCAACAUUUUUGGAACAUUGCACUAAAUCUUUCUAUGUUUAAAACGAAGCAAUACUGAAGAUGUUACUUUGAAAGUGUAUUUUCAUGUAUGCCUGUAUUGGCUGUACCCUUGUGUGUUUUUGCAUGGCAGGUCUGAUUAUAUUAGUUGUACUUUUCCAUGCAUUGUGAUUGAAUUCUGUUCAGUGCUUCAGUAAAACACAAAAUGGGUAAGAAUGUUUCUAGAAAAAACGUCACCUGUUGAAUAUUAAGAAGUGUAAUGGCAUGCUAUCUGGAAGCCUCUUUUGCCUUCAGGUUUUGUUUUUUGUUUUUUUCUGUAAAGAUGAGUCAUUUACCCUAGAAAAGGAAUUCAAGAAAAGAAAACAACGGGACUUUUUGUCAGAUUUUUAUACCAAGUAUUUUGUUUUUACAUUCUGACAGCAGAGACUGUGAUCUGUGGUGUGUGGUAUUAUUUUAAUGGAGAAAGCUGCUGGAGAAACGGAUAUGUCCAUCUUAUACUGCAGAGACUGAAACAUUCCAUGAAGUGAUGGACUUUUGUUCCAGACCUCCUUAACAAUAAAUCCAAAAACAGAAACCUUU